AUGGCUUCAGAACACAUGGCCCCCCGUACAUUGAUGCGUAUCGCCCCGUUGGUCACCUCAACCUGUUCGUUAUGGUACUCAUUCGACCAAGACUUCCUCAUGGGAGUCUUCCUUCACCCCGAUCGCCUAGACCAGCGCGAUAAACUUCUACCCUCCAGCUCCAGAAGCUUCUUUAGCAGUGGUUUCGUUCGUGUUGUUGGUCUUCUUGGCCUAACUCUUUUGUCCGGCGGUUAUAACGCCUUCGUUGACAAACCUUCUCGGGAAUCUCUAUACUGGUACACUACCGGCACUCUGUUGGCAGCUAGCCAUCUUAUCUUCGUACCUUUUGCUGCACCCAACGUCCAGACUAUAAUUGAGGACAGGUCACAGGGUGUGCCAACCACGGGACUUGAUAGCUGGUUGUUCGUCCAUCGCGUGCGUACCUGGGCGGUCGACCUAGCUGCCUGGACAUGCUUUGUCAUUGGUACAUGCUGUCCUGUGAUUCCCACAGCGUGUUAG